CUUCUCCCUCUAUCCCGCCUAGCCGUGACCGUUCCUUUCGGGGGGAGGGUGAUUCCACCUUCUGGAUAAUUAAUCGAUUAAUUUAUCUUUUUUUUUCUUUUUGGAAAUUUACAGAGUGCCACUCCUCUUUGAAUGGGUGGUUCCCUUCUGUCUCCAGACGGGUUUAGUCUCCUCCUUAUAUGGACUGGUUCUUGACUAUUUCCAUAUACAUCAUCUCGUUGCCCCUCUGGCCAACUGAACUACGCCGCUUUUCUUAUAUCAUUUCCUUUCUUUCUCCGUAGGUCUUCGAUCACGUUGUUCUAACGUCGCCUGCUUUUACCACCACUUCGCUUCUUGUUGCCUUGUCUCCCAAUUGGGGAAAGGCUCUCUACGGAUCUUGAAGAACUACCCACGAGUGGUGCCUGCCGGCCGAAUCGGUUCAUCAUUUAUAUGCUGUCUGGAUAAUGGAUGUUUGACUACCUUCUCUCGGUCUAUCCUGCCCGAACCCACCAGUUCCUUGAUCGAGAGUGAAAGCGCCCGGCCAGCUUUACUCCCACAUGUUUCUUCGACUCGCUCCCCAACUUCGCUCCUCACUGUCCCUAUGUCUUCCCGAACGCUGGGUUCUCGAUCCUCCACGACUCUUGGCCACAUUACUCCAACCGUCGACCUGACAUCUCACACCUACCCAUCAACGAAGCCGGCUUCCGAAACGACGGGAUCUUGCUGGACCGCUCCCUUCCGGGACGGUCUACCCACUCCUCCCGGCGACAUGACCGGCGUGGCCUACAAUGCCAUUCCGUCCGCGGCCUAUGCAGGAAAAGCGCAUGCCAUCCCCUCGCACCUGUACGGCCACUCGCGCCCGCACUAUGAUUCCAUUUCGUCGUCCAUGGUUGCUUCUAUGAAGUCUAACCAAUCGGCGACUCAAUCGGCGCCCGUGAAAGAGGUCUCCGCGACGGAACCUGCCAGCCACAGGAAGUCGACUGGAACGACGUCAGGCUCAGCACUGCGCAUUCCCUCAUCCAUCAAUAACAGCAAGGGCAGCUUGGCUGAAUUUGCGGCUCAGAUGACCUGUCUAUUCUGGUUUGAGAAAACCUCCAAACUUCAUGACAUCGAAGACCGCCGCCAUUCAGUGCCUUCUCUCGUCGCAGAGGCUAUCCCUACCGUCGGCUUCCAAAAGUGGGUGGCUUCGAUUCUUUCGACCACACAAGUCAGCCAGAACCUGAUCAUACUGGCCCUGCUCUUCAUCUACCGACUCAAGAAGUUCAAUUCCGGUGUGAAGGGAAAGAAGGGCAGUGAGUUCCGGCUGAUGACCGUUGCGUUAAUGCUCGGCAAUAAAUAUCUUGACGAUAACACUUACACCAAUAAGACGUGGGCCGAGGUCUCGGGUAUCGCAGUGCAAGAGAUCCACAUCAUGGAGGUCGAGUUCCUAAGCAACAUCCGUUAUGACCUGUUUUGCUCCAAGGAAGAAUGGUCUCAAUGGCACACCAAGCUGGGCCUCUUCAGCGAAUACUUCAACCAGGCCUCGAAGCUUCCCGCCGAAGGCGAUAUUCACGUGAUGCAAGUCUCGCCGCCGCGUCUCCAGGCCCAAUCGCCAUUGUCCAAGCUCCCUUCGCCCCCGAUGGAUCCAUACAGACCACAAUCCCAACCCUCAACUCACUGGUACACACCAAUGUCCAGUCUACCAUACCCAGGCACCUCCCAGCAGGGUGAGGCCACUGUGGGCGGAACCCGCAAGCGAGGCCGUGAUGAUGAGGAUGAGCUUCACCCAGCGAAGCGUGUCGCGAUGAGCUCUGCAUACACCGCUCCUUCUAUGACAAUCCCUUCGUCAAACAUGACCUCCGGGGUCCCUACUCUUCCACCAGUUCUGACACCGACCUCGGCUCCCGUGGCCCAGGUCCCCAUGAUGGGACCUGUUUCCCGUCUCCCACCUCCCAAUCUACCUCCUUCCUCCAACCCUAUGCCCCAAUCUCUCCCUUCCACUGCGGUUUCUCAGCUGCCGGUGCCAAUCUCGAUGGGUCAAGCCUACAACCGGACUUCCAACUGGUCCCAGCAAAUGCCAUCUGUUGCCAUCCCCACUACCAUGGCAUCUGGCGUCUACAACACGCCCUCUCUUCCAGAUCUGGGCCGUCACCAGAGCCCAUAUGGAGUCACCUCUGCCACCGUUUCGCCAGCCGUAUCCGCUUACUCUGUCCACACUCCACAAAAGCAUCUCUCCCCAUCUUACUUCCUCGCCAACCGCAACUCUCCUUACCGCCCCGUCCGCUCGGUACACACUUUGCUCAUUCCGCCUCCUUCUACCUCCAUGCAGCAUCAGCGCAGUGUUCCCUUCGACCACAUGCACUACCAGCCCCUGGGUAAAGGUUCCGUCGACCGCAAGACCGGGCUGCUGCCCUACAUCCACCCGGAGACCUGGACCCAAACCCACUUCCAGCCUCUUUACCCCCCCACUCAGUUCUCUGGCUAGACUAUCCUCUUGUCCUACACUAUUCUCCUUGCUGACGACGUGACCGCGCUAUGACCUAUCUCAUGAGAAAACCAACCCUAUCCUUCGCUAUGUAUCUUUUACCACCCAUUUUUCCCCCCCCUUUUCCAUGUACACAUAUCCCGUUUCAUGAUCCUGGAUUCCAUUUUUCUCGGCGUUCCCCAGCUAGAAGGGGCUUUGGUGUUUGCCUCCUUACGAAAAACCGGAUUCUUUCGUUGGGUAUGGCAUCUGAGGCGUUGUCUUAUUGAUUCUUUGCUUGAUUCUACGAACAACCGGGUCAUCGCUAUGGUGCAUUAGCAUAUUGUGGCGUUUUAUUCUAGGCGACAUAGUGUCGCAGCAUACCAAACAACCAGAUUUAUCUAAAUCAUGAUCUUCAUCCUGCGUAAACUGAAC